UUGUCUGAGAGAAUCCCGUAGCGACGUCUAAACACCGAAACGAUCGAAACGACCAACAGAGCAGGUCCUCCACACCAGUUCCUCUAGUUUGGAUAUCCGAAUAUCUACAAUCAUGGACGACCAUAAGCAAGCUCUCAAUGAGCUGUUUGCUUCCCCCGAUACCGAGUUGUCCCCCGAGUUAUACGGUGAAUUGCAGUCGAUCGUGCGCCUCUACUCCAUCUCCCCGCAGGAGCUCUUUUACAAAUGGGAGUCCUACUGCAUCAAGAUGGGCUCGGAAGAGACGAAGUUGAGCCUGAAAUCCGCUCGGGAUUUGAAGAAAGACAUCCAGGAUGCGUUGGAGAGGGAGAGUCGCGGCAAGGCGCAUCCGAAAAUGAAUGAGAGACGGACAAUCGGGGCAACGCCCAAAGCAGGGAGGCCGGCGGAUGAUGUUUUUGGAAUGAUCGACGGUUUGAAUUUCAACACUCCUCGUCCCGGACCGGUAUCCGCCGCGAAGAGAAAGUCCAACUUCGAUACCCCCACUCCCAAAUCGACCAAGAGUACUCGAAACUCUUCCCCCGGCGCUGGGGGACACGUGCAAUUCCAUGAUCGUCCCAACGCCGGCGUGGUCGUCGAGACCUUAAACCAGACGAUCGACGUCCCCAGCGUCCCAGAGCAACCACCGGCAACCGCCCGAAUAAAGCUGAAGGCCAACACGGAGAUGAGCAAGUUCGGGUACAAAACCAUGGCGAUGAAACUGACGGAGGCGUCGGAGAUCCUGGACGAUCGAAUCGAUGAGUUCAUGAGCAUCGUGCAGAUGCAUCAUCAGCUGGACGACAGCGCGUUUGGAAGCCCCGUAACGCAGAGCACCAGUGAGGUUGUUGCGGUGGGCCGGAUUGCGUCCGAUGCGGGGGAAGGGCGGCUGGUGCCUGCGUCGCUAGUUCUGGAAACCUCCCGUCGGACCGGCGCAGGGCUCCGAGUGCCGUUACGAGUAGAUUCAUUGCCUGGAUAUCAUUUCUUCCCUGGAAAGAUUGUGGCUCUCAAGGGGACUAAUGCGUCUGGAGACUUCUUCCAAGUGUCCGAGGUCCUGGAUACUCCCCUUCUCCCCCCUCCCGCAUCGCUCCCCGAAGAACUAGAUGUUCAUAACCAGCGACUCGCGGGUUCUGAGGGCAGGGACGGCGGACAUAGUACACGGCCCCUGACCAUCCUGGUCGCCUCGGGACCAUAUACGACGCAAGAUCGGCUUGAUUUCUCCGCAUUUGACGCGCUCAUGGAUGUCGCUCGCGAAACCAUGGCCGACUCGAUCAUCUUGGCGGGACCGUUCAUCGACACCGAUCACCCCUUGAUACGGAGUGGCGAUUUCGAUCUUCCCUCUGAGAUCCCAGUGUCGCCGGACCAAGCCACUCUUACCGACCUAUUCCGACAUUAUAUCUCGCGGCCGCUAUGGGAGUUGACCAAAGCCAAUCCAUCGGUUAGCAUUCUCCUCUGCCCGUCAGUGCGCGACGCCAUCUCCAAACACGUGGCGUGGCCGCAAGACCGCCUCCCAAAGAAAGAAUUCGGCCUGCCGAAGCAAGCAUCGGUUGUCACGAACCCGGUCACGCUGAGUAUGAACGAGGCGGUCAUCGGGAUCAGUACGCAGGAUGUGCUUGACGCGCUUCGCAUGUCGGAGUGCGUGGGAGGGAAAGCGAAGCAGGAGAAUAUAUUCGCGAGGCUGUCUAGGCAGAUCAUUGAACAACGGCAUUUCUUCCCGAUCGUGCCGCCACCAGGUGCCUACGACUCGGGCUCUGGAGGAGUGUCUGGCGAUGGGAUGGAGGACGUGCAGUUCCAAGAUGUCAGCGCAAUGCUUGAUGUGCCAUACCUAAAGUUGGGCGAGUGGUUGAAUGUCCGGCCCGAUAUUCUAGUCACACCAUCGGUUCUGACUCCGUUUUCAAAGGUACGCAUGGGCAAAGUCAAAUCAAUCUACGAGGUCCCUAGCUAACUGGUUCGUAGGUCAUUGAAUCCGUGCUCGUGGUCAACCCGGGAAAUUUGUCCAAGCAAAAGGGGCCGGGGACGUAUGCGCGGAUGACCGUGGUACCUGCAGCGGUCACGGACAGGGAUCGCGAAGAGGGUGAGGUUAUGGGUCACAGGCUAUAUGAGCGAGCUCGCGUGGAUAUCGUUCGGAUCUGAUGGUGCUGAAACACUGUAUUUAGCACCCUCGAUGCUGGCGAUUCGACUCGUUUCCUAGAAGAUUGGUCCAAUCCCGCAGUUCCGUUUCUGACGAAGGCACACGUGAUGAAUGAAACGGCGUUAAUAGCGAAGACGAUUUUGCAAUCUCUGAAUUCCAC